AAUGGUGUGACAGUGAUCAGGGACAGCGGGAUUGGUGUUGUGGUGAUCAGGGAUACUGUAAUUUGUGAUGCAGUGAUUAGGAAUACUGUGGUGACUGGCAGCACUGGUUUGGUGACAUUGUACUGCUGUUAUGGUGAUCAAAUACAAAGACUUGUGGCACUGAGAUACAGUGCACGUGAUCAGCGGUGUCCAAUGACACGCUGAUCACAGGGAAAUGCAAGUGCCGGUUCUCGGCUGCACUUUCCUCACGCUGUCAGAUCGUGAGGAAAGUACUGCCGAGAACCGGCAGUUGU